GCAAGCUACGGCGUUAGAGUUACUAAACUUGACUUUUUUUUAGAGUUCUAAAUAGGUCAGAUGUACGAAUAGGAAAAAAAAAGGAAGAGAAAAAAAACGCGAGUUUAUGUGAGCAGAGUUCAGUUAGUUAAGCACACACUAGGCUAGAAACGAUGGAGCAGGUGAUGGUGUGUUUGUGGAUUCGGUUCAGUGAGGAUUAAUAAACUUUUCAUAAGAAUUACAAGUAAUCUGAUUAGAAUUACGUAGAACCAGUUACGCUACACUUCGUCCGGCAGUUGACAUUUUAAUAAAAGCUGGGUCUGAUUGUACAAAGUCAGCCAACCAUGGACUCUACUGAAAGAAAUCACCAUGUUGUCAGCAAAAGAGCAUUCCCUGUCUUAUCCUGAUGUAGACAAAGGAGGUGCGCUAAUGAAAUGCAUCAUGGCUCCCAUAAUCAAGUGGAAAAAGCAAUGGAUCUUAAUUGUGAUAGUGGCCCUCUCGCUAGUUGUCUUUUACCUGAUGUCAGCACUGAAGUUGAGCAAUGUAACCAUCUUCUCUCAGAAAUUUGAAAUCCAAGAACAACAUUCUUACUCAGUUUGGCCAGAUUUUAAAAAGAAUUCUCCAGUAGAUAGUGUAUUUUUCAAAUCCAUGUGUGUUAGUAAUGCUGAAUACAGUAUAACAGGUCUAGUGGACAUAAAAAAGCAAUGGGCCAAAUCAAAGAACAGAUACUGCCAGGCCUUGUAUGAUAAAUUUGCUUCCAUUUUCACGAUAACUGCCAGAAAAGCACAGUUGUCUAUCCCUGAACCAUUCAAACCUAAGGUUAAAGGUUGGCUAGCAAAUAAUGAGGAGCUGUUUAAUGAAGUUUAUAAUCAGGAUGUGAUCCAUAUUAUCAGCGAGUUCACACAUGAGCACACAAUUUUCAAUCCAUUGAGAGAUAAAAGGCCAGUCUCACCCCCUAAAGAAUCAGAGGAAAGCUACUUUAAUACCAUGCUAAAAGAGUCAGCAGAGUCAUGUGAUUUUUGUAAGUUUAAAGAUUUUACAGCAGAGCAUACGUUUGGUCGAGUGGAGUCUAAACAUGCCUUUUCUGCCUCCAAUAUAUUUAAAGUAGAUACGCUGCAUGCUAUCUUGGCCUUGAAGAAGCAUGACCCCAUCCACUGGAAUCUGGAGGAGUUUUUAGAUCUGUUUGAGCUAGUCAAUACAUGGAUUGCCAAAGCCAAUCAUAAUUAUUCAAAGGCUCGUUUUCCUGGUGUCAUCUGGGACGUCCUGCCUAAGUGUGGCGCCAGCCAGGUCCAUCCGCACCUGCAUGUGGUCUUGGACUUUGAAAGGCAUCAUGGUGUGCAGGAAACAUGGAGAAGAGGGGCACAAGAGUACUACAGUAUACACAAAAGCAACUAUUUUUCUGAUCUAGUCGACAUUUACACAGCUUUAAAUCUAACAGUCAAAUAUGGAAGUGCUGUGGCCUUUGCCAGUUUGGUCCCCAAAAAAGAUCAUGAAGUUGUUGUGAUAUCAGAGAAUCCUGAUACUGACUUUUAUACAUUAUUAUUUUUUGUCUUGAGGGGUUUUAUUGAUGACUUACAUAAAAUGUGUUUUUCUCUGGGGAUAGGUUUACCUGCUCUGAAUACCAGAGAAGGGAGACUACCUGCUUAUGCUCGAGUGAUUACCAGAGGCUACAUCACUGAUAUCCGUGCUGACAUGAGCUCUCUUGAGUUGUAUUUGGCCACCAAUGUGAACAUUGACCCAUACAAAACUAUUGAGGUUGUAAGAGACUCUGUUAGGCAAAGGGAUACCACAGGAACAGCAUGAGAUGUAUUUGAAGGAAUUCAAUUGACAUUUCUGUUGUUUCUUGUCAGAGUGAUAAUGGUGAAGGAAUUCAGUUGACACUCCUACCAUCUCUAGUUUUAUCAGACCAUUGUUUAGGAAUUCAAUGGACAUUUCUUCUUUAUAUAGUUUCGGGGACCAUUUUUACCUCUAGUCUGUGUUGAAUCCUUUUUUUCUUUUUUACCUUUUAUGAUGUUACUUUGUAAAAAUUCUUCUGUAAUUUAAGAUUUUCCUGAUACUAGAGUAAUGUGAAAAAAAAUUUGAAAGGUUUGUAAAGUUAAAAAAAAAAGGAAAAACUUUUUUUUUUUUAAGUUUUAAAAUGGCAGCAUUUUAUUGUUGAUUGAUAAAAUGCCUAAUGUAAAGUCUUUAUAUACUUUCUUCUGAAUGUUUUUCUUUAUCAUAAUUUAUUGCAACUAUUUUAAUUUGCCUUGAUUAUAUCUGAUGUAGAAUUCUUUCCACAACGGCUUAUAUUUUCAUAUUGAUUUCAUGAAUGCUCUGGUUUUGUUGCUGAACUCAAACUGCCAAAGUUACCUACACUUUAUGCAUUCAGCUAAUUGAACAAUGGUAGCACAUUAACUAUAUGCAUCACUGAUCCUUCUGUCUUCCUUGCUUUACUGUGAAUAAAUUGAAGAAAAAAAACCCACUUCCAUUGUAUUUGAAAAAAAAUGUAAAUUUUUUUUUAUAUAUUUAAAAAAAUAUAGCUAUCUAUAACCAUCUAUUAAACAAUUUUGAAAGUUGAAUGUUAGUUUUGACGAACCUGUUAUAUAACAUUGAUGUUUUAGAAAAGGUUAAAAUUUGUUAUGAAAAACUAUUUUAAUCUUGUAAUUGUAUUAUUAUCCAACAUAUCAGUUUAUUUUUAAAGAUAUAAUGUAUUUAUUCUAUCAGGCUAAACUUAUCAAUUUUAGUAUGAAAUAAUUUAAAUCGGAUUCUUAUCACACAGAAUAACUCACAUACUUUUGGUGUGUAUAUUUGUGUCUUUUUGUAAGAGUAAUAUAUAAAUAAUAUUCUUCAGUAUUAACUAUACAACACAUAAUAAUAGUAUAUUAAAACUUACAAACUUUAUGCGCUAUUGUGAUAUCAACACCUCCAUAUUUCAUUUAAUGUUGUUUUACAUGAUCAUAUGGUAGUUACAAUUUCUAAUUGCUCAGAUACAAGUAAUUUAAUAUACAUUUCAUGUUAUUGUUCUAAACAUUUACACUGAUACUUUAUAUGCCUCUGUCAACAUGUCACCCUUUUUAUUUUAAUAUAUUUUAGGGUACAACUUUGAACAUAUCAUAAAACAGCGUUAACUAUUUAUUUUGCUUUGUAAAAAAUAAAUGUUUGAAACUUAUUAAUAAACCUAGCGAAGAAAAAUGUGUGUAUAAAUAUAAUUUUUUUUCUUCUAUAAAAUUGAAAGUUCUUCAUUUUAGUAUACAGAUGUGUUUUUGAUACCUAGACUUUGAAAUAUUUCAAUUUUUCAGUUAUGUUAAAACAAUGUAGCAUUUAUUAUUUAUAAUAAUUUUAAAGAAUCUUUUAACAUAGCCCAGAUAAUAACAUUUUUUUUGUUUUAAUAGUUUUAUUGCAUCAAAUGUUUUUAUUUAUUGACAAAUUUUAACAAAUAUUCAUAUUAGUGUAAAAAGUGAAUAAUUUGAUAUUAAGUAAAAAAAAAUGUUUUGCUGUAAACGAAGUUGAGGGUUUGUUUCACAUAAUUUAUAACAUAUCUUAAUUCCUUCACAACUGAUGUAUCUCACCUAUUAUAUUUUUUAACAUUCACUAUUUUAUGAUCUAUCCUAUUUGUUACAUUGUGCUUUUCUUCCAAGAUCCUUUUCAAAUUUUUCUUAUAAAGAAUCCAAAUGUUAUUAUAAUUAUUGUCCCCAGUUUUUUCCUCUUCAACUGCUGUACAAGUUUUUGCCUAUGGAGCCAAUUGUUUUUCUCUACAGUAUGUGCAAUGCUGAUAGUUAAAUGUUGCGGGUGUUUGCUAUUUUAUAUUUGUCUCCCUUAUGAUUUGAAAAUAAAAGUAC